UACAAAAGUAUUUUUAAUAAGUAAAUAAUUACGAGAUAUAAGGAUGAUAAAACAAUACUGGAUGUAUUGUUUUCAAGUUAAAGUAGUUUACGUUCCAGGGUUAGCGAACUAACUCAGAGUUAACAAUAGGUAUAGGUAUACAUGGUUAAACUUUACUGUUAACGGUUUUAACAGUUUAAACGGUUUAACUCCAAGUUAGUGGUUUCACCUUAUUGAAGUUCAAGUUAUCGAAGUUCAACUGUUAUAAAUGAGCUUAUUAAUCUGUCUGAUACUUACUAGGUUUAUAUAUGACUCACCAUGCCUUAUAUGUUAAAACGAGCAAGCGCUAUUUCGAUCUCGUUCCACCUUCCGCUUAAAUUGCAUAGUGGGCCCUGCGAAAGACAAGCAAAAUGCAGAAAUGCACAUGUUGCCAUAGAGAUCCUUUUACAUAUUCACGAAGAGAAUGCUGGCAGCGUAUUUGGAAGAUUAGAACGCACCUGAUAUUUUAUAUAUCGAAUUAGGUCAGAGUAAUUUUUUUCACGUCCUUAUGGCUAAAUAAUACUAUGCACGGAUAUCUCAAUCAUAUUUCGCCUUUAUUAACCAUGUUAGGUGCGUGAUCUUAAUUAUUCAUAAAGUAUCUUCAAUCAGUAAAAUUGUUGCAUAUAUUUAUUUUACAUAUUUUAGAGUUACGUAUAUAGUCUGGCCAAAGCAUGUGUUUGGUUACAAUAUGAAUGAGGCAAGCCUUUCCGUCGUUUGCUCCGUGCAAGUUAAUUUUAGAAAGCUAAAUCAAUUAUGCCGAUAAAGUGGUUAAAUAAAAACAAAUGUUUUAUUAACUAUCUAGCCUCUAGGUAUCUAACCUCUCCUACAAGUAAAGUGGAGAUGAUUUUUUAUUCGCUUCAAUCCUAAUAUGGGUUGUCGUUAAAUAGGUCUUUCAACAUAAAUAAGGAUUUCCACGGUCAUUUUUUAUAAAGUAUUUAUAGGCUUGAACGCUCUAACUUUUGAACCAGGGGUCUAAAUAAUAUGAAAAAAAAAAAUGGUGAAAGUAAAGUUAAUAAAGACUUUCAGUGAAAACUGUAGCAAACAAUAUCGGUUAAGCUUUUUCUGAGUUAUCACAAAAAGUCUUCCCUUAUAACUUACUAAAAAGACGUACAAAGUGCUGUGAAUCUACUCCCCUUUGCUUGUUAUGUACAUGAUAAUAAAAUUACCUACUAAUAGUGUCCAUUCAAGGCUGCCUAUUAUGACGGAUGGGUAACUAUGGAACCCUGCACUGAACAUGACCUGAUAUGCUUUUAGCCGGUUUUUUAUGCUAAUUUAUACUAAUUGAGACCAGAUGCAUUAUACUUACUGUCUAUUUAUCGACUCAGUCUGCAUAUUAAAUAAUUAAUUCAUAAUUAAAAUGUCUUUCGUUGCUUUGUUGAAAUUAAUAUAAAUUUGUUAUUCAGAAAUUAAAUGCACGCCAGAUUCUUUACAAAAUAGAGUAGAUAACUUAAAAUACUACAUAAAUCACUCUUCUGAUAGUGUGGGGAGUCGGGUACUUUGUUUUAAAAUGAAGCAUUAUGUUAGUUUCAUCUUUCUUAUAGUCUAUUUAAAUCUUAAUCCUAUUUUUGGUUUAGAUAAUGUCUUAGAUUUAAAUUUAAAGGAAUUAAGUUUCCCAAAAGUAUUUUACAAAAGAGAGAAUCUUGGUGAUGUUUUGCUUAACAAGAAAUUUGACAAUGGUCACAACGAAGGUCGAGGAAUAUUUGGAGAAAAUGAACACAAGUUUGCAUUUGACGAAGGAAAUCCUGAUAUCCACGGAAUUAUAGAACGUCCAUGCCAAGUAUAUGACACCUUUUGCAUUCGCAAGUUCUUCGCAGAACACUCCAAAUGCAAGAUAUCAGGAAGGAAACUGCCUGAACCCUUUUACCGGGCCCAAGCUGGGUAUCAGUAUACACCUGCCAAUAUAUCAGCUACCGCCGUUGACGGAAUAUAUAAUGGACUAAGUAAUGCUAGAGUGGACGAGUUUUACAUUAACAAAGUAACAGACAACUUGGUUAUUGCUAUCUAUUUCGAUGACGUCUCAAUAAUAUCUAACAACACAAACGUUAAAUUUUACCGGAGAGGAAGAGAACCGGAAGUACACACAGACUUCGCUAGUUUGGAUUUUAGGAAAACAACUGUAACAAUGAUCAUACCGGGAUUAAAUAAUCUAAGGUUGGACAGAGCCGAGAUAUACUCAGAAAGUCCUCUCGUUCCAUUUUCUACUGGACCCCGUAUAGGUUUGAGUUCAGAUCCUGAAGUUGUAGCCAUGUUUUUAUACUUGGUGACUGCGGGCGUUCCAGCGGAAACGCGCGAGGCAAUAAGUACGGACGGCGUGUUCCUCGGCACUACCUACUUGCAAUACAACAUUUGCGAUUUUGGUCUUAAAGUUUUGUAAAUUUCUUUCAUUAAAAGCUUGCAUUAUU